CUGACGGGAAGUGGCAAAGAGACAUUUUCCGGAUUCCAUAUGACCAAGGAAAUCAUGAAGUAAAAUUCCAGUUCUUCGGAAAAGGUACUAAGGUUUACAACCUUGGAAGGUGCCUUAACCUUGAACGCCUUGCAGCUGGUGCCCAAGGGCCUCUAGGACCAGUGGAAAGCUGCCGCAACGGUGGUGUGUGGAGCGUUGCAACCGGGUCAUGCACCUGCCCACAAGGAUUUACUGGCGUCUACUGUGAGGAAGGUUGCGGACCAAACAGAUAUGGAGACAAUUGUUCAAAACGCUGCUCAUUUCUGAGUAGUGCAUGUGAAGGGAUGAUAUUUUGCACUAAAGAAUUGUGUUCAUGUGCACCAGGCUUGCAAGGAGCGAAGUGUGAUAGACCAUGUGAUUUGGGGAUGUAUGGAGCAUCUUGCCGGCAGAAGUGUGGGAAAUGCAAAUAUGGUGAAACCUGUGAUCGGUACACUGGAAUGUGUCGCUCUGGAUGCUCCUCUGGAUUCUAUCCACCGUAUUGUAAACAGACCUACAAAGUAUUAAAGUAUGUGCCACAUAUUGUGGAAGUGACUUACAAUUCAUUGAAGAUAAGAAUACCAUUGAGAGACGUACAUGGAGAUGGGCAGCCCAUCUUAUAUCAGGUGCAAUACAAGGAAGAGGAACAAAAUGUUUGGUCAAAGUUAUCUCCAAGAUUAAUUCCUAAUGAAACCGAACUUGGAAUCGUGACCGAAUUUGAAAUCGUGGGGUUAUUCCCUGGAAAAGUUUAUGAAACCAGAGUUAUUCUCAUUGAUAAGGAUGGUGGUAGUUACCAAGAUGAUGUGCCAAAAAAUAAAGCAAGAACUAAGUGUACAGAUCCCGUACGAGGUGACUACAAAUUUUCUGCAAGAGAUGUAGAUCAAACUAGUGUUCUCUUGGAAUGGUCUUAUGAACAUGAGAAGACAUCAUUGCUAUGUGAAAUAGUGGAAUUUGAGCUAUCUGUUCUCUCUGGAAGUGAGCAUCUUAAAUAUCUAGUAACUGAGAAAAAUGGCAGCAAGAGACUAUCAAAUAUUAUGCCCGACACGAGCUAUCGCGUCCAGCUGGUUGGGAAAACUGUGACUGGCAAGAAGACUCUGCCUGUAGAGAUUACACUUCACGCCCUGCCUGCUGCCCCAGGAAGUGUGAGAGCUGUGAAUGUAGUGCCUUUGGUGUCUGGUAGACAGCUGAAUGUUACAUGGCAGCCUCCGCUAAAUUCACAAGACAAGUCACUACGAUACAAAGUCACAUAUCAGUGUGCUUAUCUACUGGCAUGUGAAGGCAUUGACUGCGCCAGAUCGUCUGGAGUUGUUGAAGUAUCAACAACUUCAGCUGUACUUGAUCACCUGCAGCCACACGCUCUGUACCAAAUAGAAAUAACUUCAUUGUCCCCUGCUGGUCUCACAUCGUGGAGUUAUGCGAUCAAUGCUUCAACUGCACAUGCAGCACCGCGUGUGAAACCAUCUGCUGCUGAAAACCCGAUACUUGCCGUAACGAAUACAAGCGUUUCGAUAAGUUGGAAGCCCCCUGAAGACUGCUCUGCUCUUAAUGGCUAUAUUUACGGCUACUCUUAUUCGCUCGUCGAGAAUAGCACGGCAGACGUUAUGCGACAGGGGACAGUUCCCGAAAACAUCCAGAGUGUCAACUUCUCGGGCCUCACGCCCAGCCACUGCUACGAGGCCUACGUUAGCGUUGUGACCUCGGGCGGAGUUGGUCUCUCAGAUCUGCUGAUAAUUCCAUUCUGUACCACCAGCACAGCUCCUGAUGCAGUGCAAUCCCUCAAUGUCUACAAGAGAGGUCGCAGAAUGGUUGGCUUGAGAUGGUCACCACCAGUCAACAUGUAUGGGGAUAUUGAAUCGUUUAUUAUCACUUAUUCUAAAGAAGGCAGCGGCCAUAAAAAGAAACUUAUAACAGAACCAACAUAUUGUGGUGCUUGGAUUGAUCUUUACUGUUAUACUGUUUCUGGUCUAUCACCAGGAAAGAAAUACCACUUUGAGGUCCAGGCACGUAAUAAAGAAGUGAGCAUCGAUGGAGAACCUACUGCAGUGGAAGCUGUCACUUUAGAAGGGGCUUCCACCCCACCAGUAAACCUGAGAAUAAUCAACGCAACAGAGAACAGCAUGUUGGUGGAGUGGGGCAUGCCUGAUAACAUCAAUGGACAGCUGAGAUCUUUUAUAAUAAUUGUUGAACAGAUUGACACACAAGUUAAUUCUAAUGAGUGUUGUGAUGAUAUCCCAUUGCAAGAUUAUCGUGUGUCUUCAGAGGAACCUUCCUACCAAUAUGAGAUUACAGGUUUGUCAGCUGCCAGGACAUACUCCGUGGCCGUUUCUGCGAAGACGGUGACUCUGGGUGAAGAAUCGCGGAUAAUAGGCCACACUUAUCCUCCAAAAGCAAUUUUGCCACAGAACGCACUCACAGUAGUUACCACAGAAAGUGGUAGCUACAGCCCUGAUGUAGUUACCUUGGAGAUUCGUGCUGCUGACAGGAUUAGUGGUGUCAACAGGACAUACAUCCUCCUGUACCUGACCAGAGACUCAAGUACACAGCAGCCAUUGGAAGACAACGACUUAGCUUCUUUAUUGCGGUCAAGAUUUAAUGAAAAUUAUCAUCUCAUAUCAGAGUAUACACAGGAAGAAGUAGAGAAUCAAUCUGUUGUCACAUUCCAUUUAAAAGAAAUGGGAUUUGUAUCAACAGAAAUUCAAUUCCAGAAAUAUGCCCUUAUAUUGAUUCAAGAAUACAUGGGAAACCGAAGUAUGGACAUUUUUAUAACAGAGGAAACGGAAGUUUAAAUGGAAGAGAGAAGAAUUUAGCAUCAGUGUUAUAAGUCAAAAACAUAUUCUUGCUAUAUCGAUGAAACUAUAACAUUUAUAUGUAUCUUUAAUUUGUGGAUUAAAAUAGUUGUUAAACAAUC